UAACCUUUCCCGGGGCAGUGGGCGGAGACACAUCGACGUCACAAUUGUUGUGCGACGUCACGUAGGCGGCGAUAGGCACCUUGGACGGGGAGCCGGUAAAAUGUCGCUGGCUGUGAGGAAAGUGGUAUCUUUGGUGUCUGCUAUUAAGGAGAAUAUCCGUACCUACUCUCUGAAGGAAAAAUUCAGUUUAAAUAAUGAAGAAACUGAACACUGAAGACACAGAAAAAUAAGAUGCUUAUGAAAUUAAAAGGCCAGGUUCUAGAUAAGAGAUCCUGGGCAUCCCACAUGACCAACUCCCCCACAUUGAUCGUAAUGGUGGGACUGCCUGCUCGAGGGAAGACCUAUGUUUCCAAGAAACUCACUCGCUAUCUCAACUGGAUUGGUGUUCCCACCAAAGUUUUCAAUCUGGGUCAGUAUCGCCGUGAAGCUGUGAAAUCAUACAAGUCAUAUGAAUUUUUCCGUCAUGACAAUGAAGAAGCUAUGAAAAUCAGGAAAGAAUGUGCCUUAGCAGCAUUGAAGGAUGUGAAAAUCUACCUCACAGAUGAAAAGGGACAGAUUGCGGUCUUUGAUGCAACUAACACAACCAGAGAGAGAAGAGAUUUAAUCCUGGAUUUUGCACGUGAUAAUGCAUUUAAGGUGUUUUUUGUUGAAUCUGUCUGUGAUGAUCCAGAUGUCAUUGCUGCAAAUAUAAAGGAGGUAAAGGUGUCAAGCCCAGACUAUGCAGAUUGUGAAGAAGACCGUAUUAUGGAUGAUUUCCUCAAACGAAUUGAAUGUUAUAAAGUCACCUAUGAACCACUGGAUCCUGAUGAUUAUGACAAGGAUUUGUCCUUCAUUAAAGUAAUUAAUGUCGGUCGACGGUUUCUGGUGAACAGAGUCCAGGAUUAUAUUCAAAGUAAAAUAGUUUAUUAUCUGAUGAACAUUCAUGUCUAUCCACGUACCAUCUACCUGAGCCGGCAUGGAGAGAGUGAAUACAACAGUAUUGGGAGGCUCGGCGGUGAUUCAGGGUUAUCUUCUCGAGGGAAACAGUAUGCUGAAGCCUUGCGCCAGUUUGUUGAUGAGCAGAAAAUUCCAGACCUGAAAGUUUGGACUAGCCAACUGAGGCGAACAAUUCAAACAGCAGAAGCCCUAGGGGUUCCUUACGAACAGUGGAAAAUCCUCAAUGAAAUUGAUGCAGGUGUUUGUGAAGAGUUGACUUAUAGUGAAAUUCAGGACCGAUAUCCAGAUGAGUUUGCUCUGCGAGACCAGGACAAGUACCAUUACCGUUAUCCAGGCGGAGAGUCUUACCAGGAUUUGGUCCAACGGGUAGAGCCUGUCAUCAUGGAGCUGGAGAGACAGGGAAAUGUUCUUGUUAUUGCACACCAGGCUGUCAUGAGGUGCCUCAUCGCUUACUUUAUGGAUAAGGGAGCAGACGAAUUGCCAUACCUGAAGUGCCCUCUACAUACUGUCUUAAAACUAACACCUGUUGCCUAUGGUUGUAAAAUGGAAUCAGUUUACUUAAAUGUAGAAGCAGUAAACACACAUCGCGACCGGCCACUGAAUGUUUCAUUAAAUCGCACACGGGAGGAGGCACUGAGUACUGUCCCACAUCAUAAGUAAUUGGAACCUUUUCAAUGAAUAAUUCAACUGGUUAUUAACAUGAUGUUCAUUUGGACCCACCAAAAUUAAUUUACCAAUUUUAAUGAACAGCAAUCCAAGAGUAUUUUCUGGAACAAUAGGGUUAUAAAAUUAUUGGAGAUCUGCUUUUGUGUAAUUUGCUCAAUCUUGCAACCAAACAACCUAAAAUCCAAAUUUUGCAUAUUUUCAUAUGGAGUAAUUCAUUCCUUUUUCAGUUAAUAGCUAGAAAUUAACUGGCUGAAAGAGGUAUCUAUGAUUAUCUAUGAUAUUAGGUACUCAUCUGCAAGCUGAAUGACAAGAACAAUUUCAGAAGCACAGUUGUAGUCAUUUAACCUUUCUUUAAUCUUGGCAAUCCAAUAGACACUGAUGAACAGAAGAAAUAUGGAAAAUAUUUUCACCAAUGGAUUGCUUAAUUGUGUCAUUUGUGAAGUCAGUCUAGAGGUGAAAAUAUUCUUGUACUUCAGUCAUAUCAUUCGGUAUUCUGUUUGUCACAAAAUGUUUUUAUUUGCAUUGUUUAUGCACAUACAUCAGUCUUUGUGUGACUGUUAUAAUUUAAAUACUUUAUAUUUUAACCCUUAUUUAUUUCCCUGUAAAUUUUUAACUUGUUUGGUGAAACACGAGAUGUUUCGUUCCACCAGAGUACAAUCUUGUAUAUUAAAAAUAUUCUUGUUUUUUUCAAAUAUUUUUAACGUCAUAUGAUGAUCAUGCUCUGUUCUCAUAGCAUUUGUUUUUCUGAGGAUCUAGUAUAAAACAUCAAAUAAACCAAAUACAAGCCUCUCAGAAGAACUUAAUAAAAUUGCUAUACAUCAUACUGGUCAGCAUGCACUGCCAGACAUUUUCCCUAUGUUUAAACAAAAUUGAAACUUGAACACUAAUUUGGAAAGCUUUACUGAAGUCCUAACUUAGUUUUUUAAAAAAGGUUUUUCCUCACCUGUGGUGUAACAGGCCUUAACCCUGUCUUACUAUUUAUAGUAUUUUAUAUUUCGUCAUGAGGACAAUCUGUUUUCCCAAAAAAUUAUACAAUGUGGUAGUCUUCUGUAGAGUAGUAGAUAAGUACUGUUGUUAGCACUGUAAUGUUCUGAAUUGCUUUGUUUUAUUUCUGUUAUAUUUGUAUUCCAAACUCUUGGUUGUCUGUUACAAUGAUAAUUUUAAUCUGACUGGAAUGCCAUCUAGCAACACAAUGAGUUGUAUCAGGGAAGCCACAACCAACAAAAAGGGGGCCUCAAUCUUUUACAUAAAUAUAUGGGUUUAAGCCAAGUGACUUCUGAAAAGCAUGACCACAAAUUUCAGUUGUGCUUAAGGUUUUUCCAUUUUAAUAAGGGGAUUUGAGUUUUAAUAAUGCAGCUGAAAACCAAGUGAGCAGUUUGUUAAUUGGUAACUAAUAAUUGCUCAAUACUUAAUGGUUGUGAUCGACUCUCAGUAGGAACUUGAGAAUUAAUAAAACACUGGGCAUUCAUCUUGUUGAGUUUCAUUCCUGUAAUAAGUGGAGCUUCAGACCUUUUUUUGUACUACAGUAAAACUUAUAAAUUACAUGUUAGGGACUGGCAUUGUGUCCUUUAUUUGCCGGUGUCCUAAUUUUCAAAAUAACUGUUAUGUGUAUUGUAAACAUUUUCCAAUAGAAUGUGGAGUUCUUAACCUUGCAUUCAUAGCAGAGAAAGUGUUCUAUACAUAGGGUAGAGCCACGUAAGCAUUCAUUCCCCAAGAACAGCUUCUCUGCAAUGUGCAUGCAGGGUAAGGAACUCCAAAUUCAACAAAAGCUAUUUCUUUACAAAAGGCAUUGCAACCUCAUGCUAAACAGCAUUCACUCACCUCACAAGAACUUGGAGACAAAGAAAGCAAGCUGCAAGAGGAAGCACCAGUGAUCUCAACUUAGCGAAAUUUCCAGAUACAGCAACUUUGCAGCAGGCUGCAUUCCAUGAUGUAAAAAUGUUUCAUGCAUUGAACGCAGUCCGUUAUUUCUAAUUUUAGAGUCUGUGGUAUCAGAAUGUCUCGUAUAUUUUCUUCAAAUUAUUUGGGUCUCAAUAAGUGUCUGUUUUUUGCAGGUCUCCAUUUUUUGGAAGAAUCCAUUUUCGCAGCUUUCACUGCAGUUUGCUUUAAGUUUUGAGCUUUAUCUGCAUUCAGUGAUAUUGUGAACAAAUUACAACUUUUAACUUGGGUCAUCUUAACUGGAGUCAGUUCAAAAUUUAGUGAAGUGUUAUAAACUUGACUAUGCCUCUUAUAAAGUAAAUGCUACUCAGUCUUUCAUGUUGAUACAAUUAUUUAAGUGGGAUAAGUAUUGCCAUUCUGUGAAGGGAGUGCAAACUAUACAUGCUGAGCGAAAAACACAUAGCUAUCAAUUCAUAGUCAGCAAUUUAAUUUUUGUCCGCAUGGCAGGGUGAAAAUAUGAGCAGUUAAUAGCAGCAGAUCUUAUUCAGAUUAGUUUGGUGACCUCUCCCAAAACAAUUUUAAUGCUUUUGUCAACUUUGUUUUUAAUUGUUUACGUUUCCAGACUUUUUAAGCGGGUGAACCGUUAUUUCUGGCUGAAGUACUGUCUUUGUGCUGUUUCACAGGGUUACCAGUGAGUCAUUCUGCCAUUAUUUGGAUCAUUCUUCUAAAUUUCCACAGUCUGCCGCUUGACUAGGAAUUGACACUAUUCACAUUGCUGGAGAUGGUACAGCAGAAUCCCACAAAGCACUUAACAUUCACUAAAAUUUUAUUGCUUGAUUCCUCAUUAUCUGAUGGGUAAGAUACUUAGCUGUCCUAUGCUUGAAUCAGGUAUAUGUUAUUGUGAUUCAAGACUGGAAUUUGCCUAUAGGGUUUGAAUUCAAGAUCACUAUCAGAGGUCAGCUUAAGCUCUGUGCUGUUAAAUCUCAAGUUCCCUUUUAUUUGUUCUUGACUUUUUAAUUAUAUUUUAUUCCUCACCAAGCUAAUCAGAACAAACUGAGUUCAUGCCACUGACUGUUACAGCGAUUGUGUGAGACUUAUUUGAUGCUACCAUCCAGCUAUGUAACCAGAGGUAUCAAAAGUAAAUUGAGUUUACAGAAAUAUCAAGUCUGUAGCUUAGAAUGCACACUCUGACCUAUUUACUGUGAGAAAAUAAAGGUCUUUACGCAAAGUUAGACAUAUGUAAACGCACAGUGUACAGGCUCCCAGAGUAAUGUGUUGUGUAAACUAUAAAAGUUGUGAAUUUAAUAUUGACAUAUUUAUAAAUGUAAUGGUGGAAAAAUGCAUCUUUAGUUUUAAAAAGCUGUGUCUAAGGAUUAUUUUGAAUUAUUGAAUAUGUUAAAUGAUGAUUUCAUUGUCCAGAAAGAUGAAUUAAUUUCAAUGAAGAAAGCUCAUCCAGGAGAAAUACUGUACCACCAUUUUGCACAAAGCAGUGAGAAAAAAGUAUCUACAUUAAAUUAUCAAUUUUUAAACUUAUGUAAUUAUUUUAUCUUUGUACUUUGUAACUGGGAGGACCUGUGUGCCAUUGGUUAAAUAGAAUAAAUCAUGUUUAUGGACAGUUAAAUGUAUGCUUUUUACUCUGAGAAAAUUAUUGCCUGAUUUCUGUGUGUGUAUAAUUCUCAAGAAGGGAACGCGUAUUCAUCGGGGGCAAAAAAAAUAAAUUCUCUCCUGUAUAAAACAAA